GAAAAAUUGAAGCCAUUUCCAAAGAGGCAAAAAACAAGUUGCAGACGAGAAGGGGGGGAAGGGGGGAAGUUUUGGGAGAAGUAGAGAGAGCACUAUUUUACUAGAUGCGACUGCUGUUCAAAAAGCCACUCCCAAUUCUGAUCAAUUUCAAAACCCUCAAAUUCUCAACUCCCUCCUCCUUCUUCAACUUCCGUUCAUUUUCUUCUUCCUUGAAAUCUCCCGGUCCUGCUCCGAUGGCGACGGCGAUGCCAAAGCCGCCGCCGGCGACGACGACCACGAUUGAUGACGGUUCGGGCAUAGCGAGCAAGUGUUGGAUCAAGUACAAGAAGGAGUCCACCCUCUCGCUCUACUCUCCUUUUGUUGUGGCUUUGGCUUCUGGCACUUUGAACCUUGACACUUUCCGCCAUUACAUUGCUCAGGAUGUUUACUUCCUCAAGGCCUUCGCUCAAGCGUAUGAACUCGCAGAGGAGUGCGCGGAUGAUGAUGAUGCAAAGGUUGGGAUCAGUGACUUGCGCAAGAGUGUUCUUGAGGAGCUCAAAAUGCAUGGAUCAUUUGCUCAAGAAUGGGGAAUGGAACCUAAAGAAAGCUCUCCGAACCCUGCAACACUGAAAUACACUGAGUUUUUGCUGGCCACGGCCUCAGGGAAGGUUGAAGGUGUCAAAGCCCCUGGUAAACUAGCGACUCCAUUUGAGAAAACAAAAGUCGCAGCUUAUACUUUAGGUGCUAUGACACCCUGCAUGAGGCUUUAUUCAUUUCUAGGCAAGGAGUUAAAUGCACUUCUGGGGAACAGUGACAGCACUCAUCCAUACCAGAAAUGGAUUGACAACUAUAGUUCUGAAAUUUUCCAGGCCUCUGCUCUGCAAACUGAAGACUUACUUGAUAAAUUGUCUGUCUCUCUGACUGGUGAAGAGCUUGACAUCAUUGAAAAGCUCUACCAUCAAGCCAUGAAACUUGAGUUAGAGUUCUUCCUUGCUCAGCCGCUGGUGCAGCCAACUGUUGUUCCUCUGUCAAAAGAGUACAAAGAAGCAGAAAGUCAUCUGGUGGUAUUUUCUGAUUUUGAUUUGACCUGCUCCGUGGUUGAUUCAUCUGCCAUCUUAGCAGAAAUUGCAAUCAUAACAGCCCCUAAAUCUGAUCAAAAUCAAGAAGAAAACCAAAUUGCUCGGAUGUCAUCAGCUGAUCUUAAAAACACCUGGGCAAUGCUGUCAAAGGAGUACACUGAAGAGUAUGAACAGUGUGUUGAGAGCAUCUUGGUUUCGGAUAAAGCUGAUAGUUUUGAUUAUGAACGUCUACAUAAGGCGCUUGAGCAACUAUCUGAUUUUGAGAAAAGGGCAAAUCUGAGGGUCAUUGACUCCGGAGUGCUUAAGGGACUGAAUCUUGACGACAUAAAGCGUGCUGGGGAGCGGAUGAUUCUCCAUGAUGGUUGUCACAAUUUCUUUAAAUGCCUCAGAUCAGAUGAGAAUUUGAACGCAGACGUCCAUGUUCUUUCAUAUUGUUGGUGUGCUGAUCUUAUUAGGUCAGUGUUCUCUGCAGGCGGCAUAGAUAUCCAGAACAUUCAUGCAAAUGAAUUUAGCUAUGAAAACUCAUUGUCAACGGGUGAGAUUAUUAAGAAAGUUGAGAGUCCCAUUGACAAGGUCCAAGCAUUCAGUAACAUCUUAUCAGGCUUGGAAAACAACAAUAGAAGGAAUCUGACUGUAUAUAUCGGAGACUCGGUGGGUGACUUGCUUUGCUUACUCAAGGCGGAUGUCGGGAUUGUGCUGGGUUCGAGCUCUAGUUUAAGAAGAGUUGGAAGUCAUUUCGGGGUGUCAUUUGUUCCGUUGUUUCCAGGGUUAGUUGAGAAACAAAAAGAAUGUGGGGUUGAAGGAAACUCGGCUUCGUCGGUAUGGAAGGGGCUGUCAGGCAAACUUUACACAGUGUCUAGUUGGGCAGAGAUAAAUGCUUUCAUUCUUGGGCAGUAGAAAAACCAUUUUCAUCCCCUCAUGAUAUACUGGAUCUUUGUUAGUGUAGAAUAUUAAACUCAAAAAAAUGUUAAUACUUAAUAGUACUCCUACCAGACAGAUAUGAUGGCAUUGACAGGUUGGUGGCUGGUUUUAUGUUAGGGCCACGGCCACGGGUUACAGCAACGUUCUUGUUCCUCCACCCUUGUGUUUUUUUGUUCUGCAGGGCCUUACUGUUCAAGAAUGUAAAUGAUAUUCUUUUGGCUACUUACUACUACUAUUCUCUACUUGCUAAUUGCUAUCCAUCUUUUCUGCUGAAUUUUGUUCCAUCUUCAUAUUUGGUUAUUGUGGGUUUAAAUUAUUCUUCCAUUUUGACAAUUUCAAUGAAUACAGCUAAACUUUUCCGUUUUAGUGGUGGGUGUUGGAUAAGAUUAUAUCAAAUUGAAAAUCUAGCUAAAAUUUAAGCAGAC